UCCAUAGCUACUCCACACAAACUCAGGUCGAUGGCUCCCAAGGAGAGCACCAGCAGCAAGCUUACCAUGAAGCUCCUGGUGAACUCCAAGACCCAGCGCGUUCUGUACGCUGAGGCCGGCAAGGAAGUCGUCGACUUCCUCUUCUCCCUCCUCACCUUGCCGGUGGGCACGGUCGUCAAGCUUCUGAGCACCGACACCAUGGUCGGCAGCGUCGGCAACCUGUACGGCAGCGUCGAGAAGCUCGACGACACCUACAUCAGCCGUGAGGACGCCAAGAAAGCCCUUCUCACCCCUGUCGCUGGUUGUCAGGGCGGCAUGCUGCUCCAGCUUGAGGCAGCGCCGCCUGAAUCCGCUUACUUCUACCGUUGCAACAGCUCCAUCCACAGCUACCCAAACUGCAGAAGCUACGUGACCAAGGUAAGUGGCUCAACGUGCAAGAGUUGCCACACUAAGAUGACCACGCAGCUGGUGGAGGUUGUGGAUCCGGACGCUGGCGCGGUGCCUUCUGCUGCUGCUGGAGCUGGGUUCGUGCAGAGGAUCGUGACGUACACUGUGAUGGACGACCUGAAGGUGUCGCCCAUGUCUUCCAUCUCUGGGAUCACACUCCUCAACAAGUGUGGGGUCACGGACAUCGGGUCGCUCCAGGAGAAGACCGUGCAGCUUGGCUACGAUGAGGGACUGGAGAUACUGAAGGCGUCGCUGCAGUCAAAGACGGUUCUCACUGACGUCUUCCUUCUGAAGAAGCGCAAGGGGUGAAGAAUUUCCGAGCAUCCAUGCAUGUACCAGUUCGGCCUUUGCAAGCUGUCUUGUGUUCACUGCAGCCUCCUCGGCCUCGUCGUUAUCGUCCGUGGUGUCAUAGCUUAUUUCGUUCAGUUUGUCCGUCUGUGUGUUAAUGUAUCAGCUACUAUUUGGGGAGUUCGUCGUCAGUGUUGCCUUUUGAAGUGUCCAGUUUGUUUCCGUUGUCUAGUUUGUGUGUCCGGUUUAAAUGCCGUAAUUUGAAACUCUCUUUUCUGGUUUGAAGAA